AACUGACACGGCUCUUCCUCUCUUCAUUAGAGCGCUAGCUAUGGACAUGGAAAACAUUUACACAGGGCUGCAGAAACCAGACCAGGAUAUCUACUCUGUCAUCCCACCAGGGGAGAAAGAGCCUGGAAAACCCACAGUAAACACGACUGUGAAGAAAGCCAGUUCCUGCAACUGGACUGCUGUGGUUUUUGCUGUGCUGUGGAUCCUCUCAGUGUCCUUCGCCCUGGGUGUGAUCUUUCACAGGAAUGCAGAGCAUGUCAGCCUCUUUCAAAAGUAUUCUGACCUGCAGAAUCACCUGAAGAAGGAUACGAACAUGACAGAAAUCUGCACUGUUGUGUGGAAGUGGAUCCUCGAUGCUGCAGCUGAUGUAACUCUGGACCCUGAUACAGCGAACCCUUAUCUCAUCCUGUCUGAGGACAGGAAACAAGUGAGCGAUGGAGACACACGACAGAAUCUCACUGACAAUCCAGAGAGAUUUGAUUAUGUUGUCAGUGUCCUGGGCAGGCAGGGCUUCACCUCAGGGAGACAUUACUGGCAGGUGGAGGUGGGGGAAAAAGCUCAAUGGUAUUUAGGAGUGGCCAGAGAGUCCAUCAACAGGAAGGGGAAGAUUCAACUGGAUCCUAAUAAUGGUUACUGGACUGUGUGGCGGAGGGAUGGAGAGUACAAGGCUCUGGCUGACCCCUCUAUCCCCCUCCCCCUGAGUGUGAAGCCCCGGAAGGUGGGGGUGUAUCUGGAUUAUGAGGAAGGGCAGCUCACCUUUUACAAUGUGGAGACCAGAUCUCACAUCUACACUUUCACUGACACCUUCACUGAGAAGCUCUAUCCAUACUUCUGCCCUUCUACUAAUGAAGAUGGUAAAAACGCAGCCCCACUGAUCAUCCUCCCUGUCAGUGAUAGAGAUUGAAUAAAGUGGUGUAUCUGUAUGACAUCCUACACCAGCACUGAUUAUCCUGCUCAUUGCAUUAUUACUUGCCCAUCUAUUUCUUUGUCUACCUGUAAUUGUUUUACUGAUUGGCUUGACAAAACUAUGGGAACAACCAUCACAUUUAACACACCCCUGUGACUGGAGCACAUGGGCUGUCCCUCACAUGGCUGAUUCAUUUAACACACCCCUGUGACUGGUGCACAUGGGCUGUCCCUCAAAUGUCUGAUUCAUUUAACACACCCCUGCAAUAUAUAUAUUAUUUGUUUAUUUAACAGACGCCUUUAUCCAAGGCGACUUACAGAGACUCGGGUGUGUGAACUAUGCAUCAGCUGCAGAGUCACUUACAACUACGUCUCACCCGAAAGACGGAGCACAAGGAGGUGAAGUGACUUGCUCAGGGUCACACAAUUAGUCAGUGGCUGAGGUGGGAUUUGAACCGGGGACCUCCUGAUUACAAGCCCCUUUCUUUAACCACUGGACCACACAGCCAUAUAUAUAC